CUGAAGGAGUAAAAGAACUGUUUAAAGUUAAACAAGAAACUGGUUGGUCAUGUAUUGGACUAAUAUAUGAAGUUCCUUGGCCUUUGCAUAUUCUUCUUACACCAUCAAUUCUAGAUAGAUAUAAUGUUAUCUUCAGAUUUCUUUUGUCUGUAAGACAUGUACAGAUGGAAUUGCAUCAAUGUUGGGCUUUCCAGAUGGAUAAGAAAGGACUUGGUAGAGAAUCUAUUUCUGUUCCUCUUUGGCAAUUACGUACUCAUAUGUCUUUUUUGGUUGACAACUUGCAAUACUAUUUACAGGUUGAUGUUUUGGAAAGCCAGUUUUCAUUAUUUGUUGAAAAAGUUAAAUCAAUAAAAGAUUUUGAAGAAAUUCAGCAUGCUCACGAAAAUUUUUUAACAUCAAUUACUUCUCAAAGCUUUUUAAUGCUUGAGCCAGUGUAUCUUUGCCUCAAAGAAAUAUUAAAUCAAUGUUUGGCUUUGUGUACAUUGGUUCUGCAAUCAUCACCAUUUGGACAAAAAGAAUUGACUCAGUUAAAUAGCAUUGCUUUGAAUUUUCGGAGACAAACACAUCUUCUUUUUAGGGUUUUAUCAAGCUUUUACAGCCAUCAUUCUAGUCCCCAUCUUGCUCAGUUGUUAUUGAGAAUUGACUAUAAUAAAUAUUUCAGUAGCUGUGGUGGUCAAUUAGGAGGGUAA